CAACAGCAGGGGGUCGCCGGCAGCUUCGAUAUGUACUAUGCAGGCGGAAAACUAGUGCAACGUUCCUCGACGGUGCCUAUACAGGCAUCGUCCAGCUCAUCCACACAUUAUCAUCACAUCGCCCAGCUUCAGCAUCAUCCCCAGUAUCAGCAGCAGCAACAGCAGCAGCAGCAGCUGCAGCUGCAGCAACAUCCACAGCAACAACAGCAGCAGCGGCAGGUGCAGAUGAUCAAUAACAAUGCCAAGUAUUCAAAGGAUUUGGACUACUUUGAGACACUCCAAGAGACCGGAGUGACCAAUAAAGUCUUUGAACGCAAACUGGUGUCCCAUAUGUCCAUGGGUUUUGAUCCCUUUAAGCCGCUGUCUAUUAAUACCAGCGCCUUGGAGGCGGCAUCGGCAUCCACAAGUGCAGCAGCAGCGGCAGCGGCUGCUUCGACUGUGAAAAAGCAGAGUGUCCUAUACGAGUCAUUGCAGCAGCAUCCACUGGCCAAAUACCAGCAUCAGCAGCAGCAACAGCAGAGCACCAAUACGGUGGAUGGACAGACGAGCAGUCGCAUGGAGCUGCACAAGGCAACGCUGGCCAAUGCCACCAUUGAUGGCUCCGCUCCGUUGGUGGUUAACAAGUUUAGCGCAUUGGCGGAGCAACACCAGCAGCAGCAGCAGCAGCAGCAGCAGCAAGCCGGAGCCCCCCUGGCGGACAUUUCCGAGAGCAGCAGCAGCACCAGCACCAGCAGCGCAGCGGCGGCUGCAACGGCUGCUGGCAGCUCGAGUGCUGGUGUGAUAAGACGCUAUAAGCCGUUGUCCUCGAGCUCCUUUGACGAGGGCAAGCCAAUGCGUCGCAUUUCCUAUUUGAGGGCCACCAAUAACGAGACCGAAUUCAAUCCUGAUGCAGCAGCCACUGGAGAUGCAGCAGCAGCAGCAGGAGCAGGAGGAGUAACAGCAGCAGCAGCAGCAGGAACAUCUGUUGCCGCCCCAGUUUCGAUACCAAUUUCAGUUGCAAUACCCAUUGUGACGGCUGCCGUUGUCGAGCCACAAAAGACCAAAUCAAUGGUUGAGGAACAUCCCGAUCCCACCUACGAUGUGAUUGGCGGCAACACUGGCGGUGGCCACGAGUUCAUCGAGACACCGAACGGCCUCGAGGAUGUGCGUCUAUCGGCCCAUGGCAGCAGUCGCAGGGCCUCUAUGAGCAGCGAUAUGCGUAGCAGCAUUCACAUUGAUGCCGAGCUGAAUGGCAAGUAUGUGCCCAAUGAACUGGAGGCCUUUGAGACGGAAAUCGAAAUUAAAUCCUCCUGCAUCAAUGGCAAGCGCAUGUCCGAGUACCGUUCGUGGCGUCAGGUGAAGCUGGAGAUCAAGGGCGAUUUGCUGCGCAUCUUCUCAGGGCGUCAUGCCAAGUCGGAGCACAAUGUGAUAGAACUUGAUAUUAGAAACUUUAAGUUCUUCGAUGAGUCGCUGGACAAGAAAAAGUACUUGAUACGCAUGCAGUCGAAGCCAUCGCCGAGCGGUGCCCAUUUGGCGAGUCUCGGCAACGAGUUGAAUCUGGACGAUGUACACGACAAGUUGACCUCAUCGGGCAGCAGCAGCGCCAAUGAACCAAUGGCAGCAUCCUGCAGCAGUGGCACUGGCACUGGCACCGGAACUGCCACUGGCACUGGCGGCGGCCCCUAUACGGAGAUACUCUUCAAGACAAAGAACAGCAACGAAAUGAAGCGACUCUUUGGGUUGCUGCAGUGGAAGGAUAGCCUCAACUAUGAUGAUAAUGAGCAGCCGCUGCAGGGCAAACAACUGGCAGAGCCACAGAAGACGGUGGCCACAGCCAGCCACUAUCUGGAUGAUGUGACCGGUGGAGCUGGCGUAGAUAGCUCUCCGCUGAGCUCACAUUCGGGUGGCGGUGGCGGUGGCGGCGGCAUGGCGGAGGGUCAUCAUCAUGUGGCUGCGCUGCCUGCUGCCGCGGCAAUUGUGGCCGCCACCAGUGACUCAAUAUCGCCGGUAAUGAAGGCCCGCAAAUCGUCCUCGCACAAGCAUUUGCCCGACAAGGAUCUGGGAUCACCCAAGUCGAAGAACUGGAAGGAUUUGCUCUUCCGUCGAGGCGGUGGCAGUGGCAGUGGCAGCGGCGGUGUCUCCCACCAUCACACCGAUCUGGGCUCGCCCUCGUCGUGCGCCAUCAAGACGUGUGGCUCCAUUGGGGUGCCACUGCGCAGCUGUCCGAUGUCCAAGCUUAAUCCGUAUGUCCCCCAUCUGGUGGAGGUGUGCACCAACAUUGUGGAGACCAAGGGUCUGAGUGUGGUGGGCAUCUAUCGGAUACCCGGCAAUAAGGCGGCCAUUUCCGAGCUCUCGGAGCUGGUGAACACCAAGGACUUUCAGUUCGAGAGCUGUGCGAUCGAUGUGCGAUGGGAGGACGUGAAUGUGGUGAGCAGUCUGCUGAAGCUGUUCAUACGCAGCCUGCCCGACGCCCUCAUGCCGGCCAGCUACUACAUCAACUUCAUUGAGGCCGACAAGAAGCUCGGCCUGGAACGGAUCGUACUGCUGCGGGAGAUUGUCGAGUCGCUGCCACGCCAUCCGUACGAGACGAUGAAGCAUCUGAUACGCCAUCUGUGCCGCGUCAGCGACAAUUGUGAGGUGAAUCGCAUGGAGCCGAAGAAUUUGGCCAUCAUAUUUGGCCCCUCGAUCAUACGGACACCCAAUGACACACUCGAGACGGCCGUCAAGGAUAUGAAGCAUCAGUGCCGCAUCGUUGAGCUGCUCGUUACACAGUAUGAAUACUACUUUGAGGGCGGCAAUUUGCCGGAUCUGGCUGAUGUUAGUGGUGGCACGGCCAUGGCCAGUGCCGCCCAGCCGCAGCAUCAGACGCAGGAGGAUCAGACGAGCAUGCUGCUGCACAAUCUAUCGAAAAUCGAGAGGAUCACUGAGCGUGAGACGCGCACAUCCCGGUUCAUUCCACAGCUGCGUCGUCGCACCCAUGGCAAGCGGAGUGCCGUCAAUUCGGACACAUAUUCGGGGGAGAGUGUUCUGGUAAGCAGCGGUAGACCGAGCAGCAGCACCAUCUCCACUUGCACCAACACCACCACAACCACCACCACCACCACCACCACCACCAAUCACAAGACCAUACAACAAAGACGACAGCAGCGCAAGGCUGUGCAGAGCAUUUGUGACUUUGCUUUAAUCCUGCCCGCUCCUCCCCCAUCUUCCGUUCACUUUCAGUCGCUGGACUACACCAAGGUCUCGGCCAGCAGCACCAGCAGCAGCUCCACGCUGCAUAGCAGCAGCAAGACCACCACCAACACAGCCUCCUCCUCCUCCACCACCAGUCAGAGCCAGAGUCAGAGCCACAGCCACAGCACAAAGUUUAGCUCGGGCGGCGCCACGAGCUCCACGACAACAGCCGCCACCAUAAAAGCGGCAGCUGCGUCCAAGGCAUCAUCCGCGGCCUCCCUGAUAGGCACCAAGAAGCGCAGCACCAUGGGCGGCGGUGUGGGGUUCCUCGGCGGUGGCUCGCGCUCGCAGACGCGCAAAGCGAGCCUGGACGAGAAGGACUCUGGCACGAGCGUGGACUCUGCCGGCAGUCUGGCCCUGAGCCUCGGCCUGGGUCUGGGCCUAGGACUGGGACAUGGACAUGGACAUGGCAAGGAGCAGCAGCAGCGGAGCAGCGUGGACAUAUCCAUACUCCUCACCGACGAUGACUCGAGCAGCAGGCUGAGCGACACAGGUUCCAUGUCGCUGACCACCAUCACGGAUACGCUGGACAGCAAGCUGCGGAAUCUACGGAGCGGCUCAGAGUCAAACGAUGAGAACGGUUCACCGGAAUUCCCCAAGAAUCGCCGGCACACGCUCGGCCAGCCGCUGCAUCUGCACUCCGAGAACAUUCCGUAUGCGGAUGAGUCGCCCGAGCGGCUCUUCCAUCAGUUCUGCCCCCUGGAUGCACCCCAUUCGCUGCACCUGAGCCGCUCCUGCACGGCCACCAACACGUUGGGCGCUGAGGAGAAGCCCACGACCAUGAAGCAGGCCAUGGCCAUGGCUGGCGUGGCACCACUGCCGCCCAGCCUACUGAAGGCGGCCCACAAGCUGCAGCACUCGGCCACGGUGCCCAUACACCAGAUACAGAUACAUCAGGGCAGCGCCACGGCACCGGCCAGCGGAGCUGCAACGCCCACCAGCGCCAGCACGGGUGGGGGCUCCACCCCAGUGGCGGGUACACCCACCAACAGUGCUGGAGGCGGAGCAGCCACAGUGGGGGCACAGCGCGGCUCUGGAGGAGGAGCCGGGAACCCGAGCAGCGGCAAAAAUAUGCACCUGAGAUUCAGCACAUCGCAGGCGUACGAGCGACAUCAUGGCGCUGGUGCUGGUGGUGGCGGUGUCGCCUCCGAGGACGACGAUUCGGAGGGUUCGACAACCAGCGAUCCCAAGGAGAAGCUACUGCUGGCGGGCGAACGACCAUCGCCCUCGUUUUUUCUCGAGCGCUACAACAAGAAGCGUCGGGACCAUCGGCUCUUUCGCAGCGCCAGCUUCAACUGUCGCAACUAUUCGACACGACACAUGAGCAGCAGCAGCUCCACGGCGGCCGGAACGGCAGCGACUGUGGCAACGGUGGCCGCCUGCUGUCAGUCACCAUCAUCGGCCCUGGCCACCGGCCUGACCAAGGACGAAAAGACUGACAUGAAUCUGACCAAGAAGCGCCAGAUCCAGAAUAAGCAGAAUCGUUCCAUCAAGCGACGCCACACCGUUGGCGGCCCACACGACUACUCGGCCAAUGGGGGCUGCAGCACACACGGACAUGGCGAUGGUGGCCAUCGCCAUGGUGGCCACGAUCUGGCCGCCAUCAACUACAAUCACCACAAUCGCCAUCACCAGCAGCAGCUGCUCAAGGGAUCGGUUGUGGUUGUCGGCGUUGGCGGCAAUGGAGCUGCCGCUGCGGAGACCACAACCACAACGACUACAACCACCACGGUGCUGCGUCGCCUGGGCUCGGGUACGGCAUUGGGAACGGUUUCGGGUACGGGUACGGGUGCGGGUGCGGGUGCGGGUGGUGUGGCCAGCGAUCCGAUUGUGGCAUUGCCCGGCGGCUCUGUGUCCAGUUCUAGCAACAGCAACAGCGGCGGCAGUGGCGGCUCCUCUAACAGCAGUACCAACAACAACAAUUCGCCACAAAGCGAUGGCAGCAAUGGCAAUGCAGGAGGAGGAGCAGGAGUAGCAGUAGGAGGCGGCGGUGGAGCUGCCUCCAAUGCCCCACCAUCAUCCGGAAGUAGCAGCAGCAACAGCAACAGCAGCACACCCACCAAUGUGGUGGCUGGCUCCGCUGCAGGAGUAGGAGUUGGAGGAGGAGAACAAGUCCUGGAGUUGGGCAUUCGCAUCAAAAAUAUCAAUCGCGGACGCUACUAGAGCGGAUGUGGAAGAGAUGAUUUGGAGCUUAUAGCAGCAGCAGCA